GGAGGAGGCAUAGAACUGACUGGUGGUGGAGACUUCACUGAGAGUCUCUGCCUGAAGUGACAAGCCAACAUGUCAGAGUGGGAAUCCUACUACAAAACCGAUGGCGACGAAGACGAAGAGGAGGAGCAGAGCCCUGACGCAGGUGGAGAGUAUAAAUAUUCAGGAAGAGACAGUUUGAUUUUUCUGGUUGAUGCCUCCAGGCCCAUGUUUGAAUCUCAAGGUGAAGAUGAAAUCACACCUUUUGAUAUGAGCAUUCAGUGUAUCCAGAGCGUGUACACCAGUAAGAUCAUAAGUAGCGAUCGGGAUCUCCUGGCAGUGGUGUUCUAUGGAACCAAGAAGGACAAAAAUUCAGUGAACUUCAAAAACAUUUAUGUCUUACAAGAUUUGGAUAACCCAGGUGCGAAGCGAGUGCUGGAGCUUGACCGGUUCAAGGGACAGCAGGGAAAGAAACAUUUCCAAGACACAAUUGGCCAUGCAUCGGAUUACUCUCUGAGUGAAGUGCUCUGGGUCUGUGCCAACCUCUUUAGCGACGUCCAGGUCAAGAUGAGUCAUAAGAGGAUCAUGCUGUUCACCAAUGAAGAUGACCCCCAUGGCAAUGACAGUGCCAAGGCCAGCCGGGCCAGGACCAAAGCCAACGAUCUCCAUGACACUG